AGGUUCAUGAAUGGAGCUAUGAUGACUAUACGUAUGCACCCAAGCUAUCAAAGAUUAAAGGAAAAUUGAUACUGCAACAGGAACAAAGCUGGGCCAGUCUGUGCAAGUGGGUGCAAGGACAUGAAUGAGUCUGAGUUAGAAGCAUGUUAAUGCAUCUAAAAGCUGGUGGAAGCCCAAGAGAGGAAGCUAUGAGCUCUGGAAGUUGAGAACUUCCCCUAGCCAAUGGAAUCAAGCCCAAGGAAAGGGGGUUAGCCAAACAGCUGGAAUCAGAGUUUCCUAGGUUGAAAGGCGUGGUCGUGGGCAUGGCUGCUCUCAUCAAUAACUUCUAUCUAAGAGCUUUGUUUUUGUUCAUCCUUGUAUUUGUCUCCACUCUGGGACAGAGCUUGCUAAGCUGUGAGACCUCCUCCCGGGAUGCUUCUGGCUACUACUGCAAUGGAAAUGGAUCCCAGAAACAGUGUGGGACUUUUGCACUUCUUCGCACCAAUUCCUACUACUCAUCUCUUUUCAAUCUGAGCUUCUACUUAGGGAUUGAUCGGUUCUUGAUUGCAGAAGCAAAUGGCUUCUCUGCUGACACAGAGUUACUUCCAUACAAUCAGCCUUUGUUGAUCCCAAUUGAAUGUAAAUGUAAGGCCGGUUUCUUUCAGGCUGAACUCACUAAAACUACCAUAGAAGGGGAAAGCUUCUUUGGCAUUGCUGAAUCGCUGGAGGGCCUGACCACCUGCAAAGCCAUCCGAGAAAGGAACCCGAGCAUCCAACCAUGGGGUCUUGCAGAUAAAGUCCGGUUGCUAAUCCCAUUGAGAUGUGCCUGCCCAUCAUCAUCUGAAAUUAUUCAAGAAACAAAGCUUUUGCUGUCUUAUCCCGUAAGUGAAGGUGAUACGGUUCCUAGCUUAGCCUUCAAGUUCAAUACUACUUCAGAAGCUAUUAUCUCAGCAAACAACAGAUCAGGAGCAACUCUGAGACUAGGAAGCCUAGCACCGGUUUCAUCGCUCCUGAUUCCACUCAGAGAUAAGCCCACCCUUGGUUCCCCUGCGAAGCCUCGUGAGCCGAAUUUGGGUCUUCCAGCAACCAGCAUCCCAGUAAUUAAUCCGCACAAGAAGAAAACAAAAAUGUGGAAGAUUGGAGUUUAUAUUGCAGUUAGUGGGGUUGCAGUUGGAGCAAGCAUUGCCAUUGCUGCAGCCGUCUUGGUGAUCCACUGGAAGCGGAAGAAGCAGAAUGCUUACAAGAUGGGAGAUGUGGAGCUACAACAGCUUGGCUUGAGUGUAAGAACCACCAGUGAGAAAAAAGUCUCGUUUGAGGGAUCCCAAGAUCCUAUCGAUCAGAUCAUCGAGUCCACCCCGCAUAAGAUUGUAGUGGAGACAUACACUAUGUUGGAGCUGAGAAAAGCUACAGAGGACUUCAAUUCAAGCAAUCUCAUUGAGGGAUCGGUGUUUCAUGGUCGUCUCAAUGGCAAGAACUUGGCAAUAAAGCAUACACAUCCAGAAGCCAUUUCCAAGAUAGAGUUUGGGCUUUUUCAUGAUGCAAUUCACCAUCAUCCCAACAUAAUAAGGCUGUUAGGGACUUGCUUGAAUGAAGGUCCUGAUUCAUAUUUGAUUUUUGAGUAUGCCAAGAACGGGUCCUUGAAGGACUGGCUGCAUGGUGGGCUGGCAAUGAAAAGCCAAUUCAUUGCCUCCUGCUAUUGUUUCUUGACAUGGAACCAAAGGUUGAGGAUUUGUCUUGAUGUAGCAAUGGCCUUGCAGUACAUGCACCACAUAAUGCACCCCUGCUAUGUUCACCGAAACGUAAAAAGCCGAAACAUCUUCUUAGAUGAAGAGUUCAAUGCUAAGAUUGGGAAUUUUGGCAUGGCAAGAUGUUUUGAAGAUGAUGCUGAAGACUCCCAGCCUUAUUCAACUGCCUCUUGGAGUAAAGGGUAUUUAGCUCCAGAAUAUCUUCACCAGGGUAUAAUCUCCCCAACCCUUGAUUUUGCUUAUGGGGUGGUUUUGCUGGAGGUUUUAUCUGGGAAAACACCCAUAACCAGGGCUGAUGAUAAGGGAGGAGGGAGAGUUUGGCUUCCAGAGAAAAUCAAGUCCAUAUUAGGCUCAGAAAACACAGAGGAGCUCAGAGACUGGAUGGACAGCGCAUUGGGUGAGAAUUAUUCGUUUGAUGCUGCCAUCACAUUGGCAAAUCUUGCAAGAGUUUGCACAGACGAAAAUCCAUGCUCCAGACCCAGUGCUGGGGAAAUUGUUGAAAAGUUAUCAAGAUUGGUGGAACAGCUACCAGAGGGAGAGCAAUUUUCUAUCUGCGAAAGCUCUUCCAAGCCCCUAGUCAAGGCUGCUGCAAACAGCCUAUGAAAACUAUAAACUAUAGACAACCAUCCUCAUACUGAUCCUAGCUUUUGUGUCGCUUAGGAAUUUAUCUAGAGUGUUUGGCUCUUGGUAUCUUCAUAAGGGUAGUGGGGUCCUGUACAUAUGUAAUUAAUAAACUGAAUUGGACACGGUUUAGCUUCAACUCUGUACUCUCUCUCCCUCUGUUUCUCUGUCUGUCUCUGCUUCUGAAAUAAUAAAUGCAGUUCGUACUGAGUUUUAAGUUCAUA